ACGUUAGAGCGGGCCCCCACAAUUCCCUAUGCUUCUUCUUUCUUUAUUAUCGUACUCUCUGUUCACUGCUCAAGGAGCAGCUCUAAAAGCUUCUCUCUCUUCUGAGUUCCAGAUCUCAAAACCCUAGCCAGUGCGAUUCAUUUAAGGUUGCAUUGAGCUCUAAAUGGCUGUCACAGAAACAAAGGAUUCAUUAGCUGGUGAACCUACCUGUGGUUCUUUACUGCAGCAAUUGCAGGUAAUAUGGGACGAGGUUGGUGAGAGUGAUGAGGAACGUGAUAAAAUGCUACUACAACUUGAGCAAGAAUGUUUGGAUGUUUAUAGGAGGAAAGUAGAUCAGGCUUCAAAGUCAAGGGUGCAACUUCUCCAGGCUUUGGCUGAUUCGAGAGCCGAGCUUGCUGGACUUCUUUCUUCCCUGGGAGAAAAGACCUAUAUCGGUGUACCUGAAAAAUCAACUGGCACGAUUAAGGAGCAGCUUGCAGCUAUUUCACCAGCCCUGGAACAAUUACGUGAACAGAAAGAGGAAAGGAUUAAGGAAUUUAUUGACACACAGUCACAAAUUCAUAAAAUAUGUUGUGAAAUUGCGGGAAGUGAAAAGAAUUGUGAGCAGCUGGUGACACCAUCAGUUGAUGAGGGUGAUUUGUCACUCAAGAAAUUGGAUGAGUUCCAGUCACAUCUUCAAGAACUGCAGAAGGAAAAGAGUGACAGGUUGCACAAGGUUCUAGACUUUGUGAGCACUGUUCAUGAUCUUUGUGCUGUUCUAGGGAUGGAUUUCUAUUGUACAAUAACUGAAGUUCAUCCUACUCUAGAUGAUUCUAUCGGUGUGCAAUUCAAGAGCAUAAGCAAUGAUACUUUGUCAAAACUUGCGCAAACAGUUGAGUCACUUAAAGAAGACAAAAGGAUGAGAUUACAGAAGCUCCAAGAAUUAGCUGCUCAGCUUUGUGAUCUUUGGAAUCUUAUGGAUACGCCUGAGGAAGAACGGAGUUUGUUUGAUCAUGUCACAUGUAAUAUUUCUGCUUCAGUAGACCAGGUUGUAGUUCCUGGUGCUCUUGCCCUCGAUCUGAUUGAGCAGGCUGAAGUGGAAGUUGAAAGGCUAGAUGACCUGAAGGCUAGUAAGAUGAAGGAAAUAGCUCUGAAGAAACAGAGUGAACUUGAAGAGAUAUAUGCCCGUGCUCACAUAGAUAUAGAUUCUGUUUCUGAACAAGAUAAAAUAAUGGUCCUUAUCGAUUCUGGAAAUGUUGAACCUUCAGAAUUACUAGCUAACAUGGACAAUCAGAUACUAAAAGCCAAAGAAGAGGCAUUAAGCAGAAAAGAAAUUUUGGAGAAGGUCGACAAAUGGAUGUCAGCAUGUGAAGAAGAGAGCUGGCUUGAAGACUACAAUAGGGAUGACAACCGGUAUAACUCAAGCAGGGGUGCACACCUGAACCUCAAGCGGGCAGAAAAAGCUCGAAUUUUGGUUAAUAAAAUUCCAGCUCUUGUUGAUACUUUGGUGGCAAAGACCCGUACAUGGGAAGAGGACCGUGGCUUGUCGUUCACAUAUGAUGGUGUUCCUCUUCUAGCGAUGCUGGAUGAAUAUGCCAUGCUCAGACACGAGAGAGAGGAAGAGAAGCGAAGGAUGCGGGACCAGAAGAAAUUCCAAGAGCAGCAAAUGAGCACAGAACAUGAAGUUGCAUUUACCACAAGGCCUACCGCUAGUCCUAGCCGAGCGCUUGGCCCAAAGAAGGUCGUUGGACCUCGAGCAAAUGGAGCGGCAGCAAAUGGUACCCCCAACCGAAGAUUAUCCCUCAACAGCAAUGGCUCUCGAUCAAUGGGCAAGGACAGCAAGAAAGAGAACCGGACAGCAGCCCCUGCGAAUUUUGUGGCCAUUUCUAAAGAGGACGCUGCUUCUCAUGUUUCUGCGACUGAUUCAUCCCCAAUUUCACCGUGAGGUUUAUUAAUGUUGCCUAACUGUUGUAGUAUUGAUUAAGUGUUGUGGUAGGGAUCAGAACCUUGAGAAUCUCGAGUUAUUAAGCACUGGGGGCUAAUUAAUAACCGUAGUAUUGGUUAAGUGUUUAUGUAUUAGGUUAAAGAACUUCGAGAUGAGUUAUGUAGGCGCUGGAGGGUAGUUAAUAACGAGGUUAAGUUGUGUAUUGACUUGAUGUGAGGUCUCUGAUUUUGUUGCCUCUUGGCUCUUCGAGUUUGUUCAUUAUAGUAGUAGUUUUAAUCUGUUAUCUG